UCCGGCGUCCUAGCCGUGGCAGCCAUUUUGGCCUGUCAGGUCCAUCCGGCGAUGCUGGGUCUGGACGAGCUCGGGAGGAGUGGUUGUGGCCAUUGCACACAGGCGGAUCUGAGGCUCGGCGACGCCGCUGGUCGCGACCCGGGACAGGACAACGACAGGAACACCGCCGAGCCCGCGUUCCCCCCCCGCCCAGAGUCAUGGCGGCAGCAGCCGCUCUGAGGGCCCCUGCUCAGAGCAGUGUGACCUUUGAAGAUGUGGCUGUAAACUUUUCCCUGGAGGAAUGGAGUCUUCUUAAUGAGGCUCAGAGAUGCCUGUACCGUGACGUGAUGCUGGAGACCUUGACACUUAUAUCCUCCCUGGGUUGUUGGCAUGGAGGGGAAGAUGAGGCAGCACCUUCUAAGCAGAGCACGUGUAUACAUAUAUACAAAGACCAGGGAGGUCAUAGUGGAGAAAGGCCUUAUGAGUGUGGGGAAUAUAGGAAAUUAUUUAAGAACAAGUCCUGCCUCACUGAACCCAGAAGAGAUCACAAACACAGGAAUGUUCGCACUGGAGAAAGGCCUUAUGAGUGCAGCAAAUAUGGGAAAUUAUUUCACCAAAAGCCUACACUCCAUAUUCAUGAGAGAUUUCAUACUGGGCAAAAGACCUAUGAGUGCAGUGAGUGUGGAAAAUCAUUUCACCAAAGCUCUUCACUCUUGCAGCAUCAGACACUUCACACUAGAGAAAGGCCUUAUGAGUGUAUUGAAUGUGGGAAAGCCUUUGCUGAAAAGUCCAGUCUCAUUAACCACAGGAAAGUUCACUCUGGAGCAAAGCGUUAUGAAUGCAAUGAAUGUGGGAAGUCCUUUGCUUAUACAUCUAGUCUCAUUAAACACAGGAGGAUUCACACUGGAGAGAGGCCUUAUGAGUGCAGUGAAUGUGGGAGAUCCUUUGCUGAAAACUCCAGUCUUAUUAAACACUUGAGAGUUCACACAGGAGAAAGGCCUUAUGAAUGCGUUGAGUGUGGAAAAUCAUUUCGCCGAAGCUCUUCACUCUUGCAGCAUCAGAGAGUUCACACUAGAGAAAGGCCUUAUGAAUGUAGUGAAUGUGGGAAAUCCUUUAGCUUAAGGUCCAACCUCAUUCACCAUCAGCGAGUUCAUACUGGAGAAAGGCAUGAGUGUGGGCAGUGUGGGAAAUCCUUUAGCCGAAAAUCUAGCCUUAUUAUACAUCUGAGAGUUCACACUGGAGAAAGGCCUUAUGAGUGCAGUGACUGUGGGAAAUCCUUUGCUGAAAACUCCAGCCUUAUUAAACACUUGAGAGUUCACACUGGAGAAAGGCCAUAUGAAUGCAUUGAUUGUGGAAAAUCAUUUCGCCACAGUUCUUCGUUCCGUCGCCAUCAGAGAGUUCAUACUGGAAUGAGGCCUUAUAAGUGAAGCAAAUUUUGGAAAUUCUCUUGCCCAGGCUUUUUGCUCCUUCAAGGCCAGAGAGUUCACACCGGAUCAAGGUGUUAUGAGUGUGACAAAUGGGGAAUAUUCUUUAGCUAGAACGCUAGCUUCUUUACAUAAAAGAGUGCUCCCACUGAAGAAGUGCCUUUUGAGUGCAAUGAAUGUGAGAAAGCCUUCAGCCCUCUCAUUGGUUACCACAAUAUUUACAUGAGGAAAAUACCACAGAUGUGGAGGUAAUAUUAUUUUUUCUUCAUUAUAACACUGGAGGAAACCCCUUAUGAGGAUGCCAUCUGCCUAAAUUGAAUGUCAUACAUCAAAUAGCUGCAUACAUUCCAGAGCAGUGUGACCUUUGAAGACGUGGCUGUAAACUUUUCCCUGGAGGAAUGGAGUCUUCUUAAUGAGGCUCAGGGAUGCCUGUACCAUGAUGUGAUGCUGGAGACCUUGACACUUAUAUCCUCCCUGGAUUGAUGAAAUGCCAGGAUGAAGGGGAUACCCAAUUGGAUUACAGCACAAGUACUGCUCCAGUUAUUUGGCAGAGUGUCCAGUAAAGGUCUUCCACUUACCACUAUACAUUUGUUUGCGGAUGGCUAAGCAUGGACUGAUGGGCAAGGUCUUGGAAAGGCUUGAGCUCUUUGCAUCGUUUAAUGCUUCCAAGGAACACUAAAUUUUCCUCCUGACCUGAGACGCACAAAGUAAACUUCGUGCAUUCAGCAUUCAGCCUUCAGAGGUGGAAGCCGGAUUGCCGUAGGGGGCUGACCUGCAGGGUGUUAAAUUUCAGGAAAUAGCAGAGAGAGCUCAGUAUGUUGGAUUAUCCCAAGCAAUGGGAUUUUGAAAAAGAGCCACCGUACAGUCCUUAUCUGAGUGGAAAGGGGAUAAUCUGGGAUUCUGGCCUACUGUGCGUACAAGUGUAAUAAUCGCUUUUAUUUGAAGUGCUAAUGGAUUAUUUAAUCCAUUUCAGCCAGGCAUUUGCAUCUUGAUAUUUUGUCUUGACAGUGAAGGUCUGUCUUAGAUCUCUUAUUUUUACAAGACACCUUAGUUUUACCAGAUGUAGGAGCAACUGGUGUGGGAUCUAGAUCUGAGGCAACUUAAGAAGGGAAAGAUGAGGGAAUAAUGUGUAUUUUUAAAAUAACUGGGGGGUCUUUUUUAUUUAUGUUAAUUUUUUUUUUUUUGAGACGGAGUCUAGCUCCGUCACCCAGGCUACAGUGCAGUGGCGUGAUGUCAGCUCACUGCAACCUCCGCCUCCCGGGUUCAAGCAAUUCUCCUGCCUCCGCCUCCCAAGUAGCUAGGAUUACAGGCACCCACCUCCGCGCCCGGCUAAUUUUUGUAUUUUUAGUAGAGACGGGGUUUCACCAUCUUGCCCAGGCUGGUCUCAAACUCCUGACCUCAGGUGAUCCACCAGCCUCGGCCUCCCAAAGUGCUGGGAUUACAGUCAUGAGCCACCACGCUCAGCCUAUUUAUGUUAAUUUUUAUACCAUAGAAGCGACUAAGGGCGUGUCUAGAGUUCCUUAUAAGGUGGAGGUGGUGAUAAAGAGAAAGACAGGGUUAUAUUGACAAGGCUGACAGUAAGAAGGGGUAGUCCUUUUAGUGAAAUACAUGAGGGGUUUUAGGUCUGCACAAACCUUUUUGUGGAAGUCUAACUUUGCUCUUGGGUAGUUUGAGUGAUGCAGUCCUAUUUACUACAGCGUUGCCAGGCGGUAGGAGCAGAAAAUUGGUGUCUUGGCUGCAGGUCAUUACAACAAUGAGUGCUAGGAAUAACUGUGUCAAUUAAAGGGCUGGGAUAU